CAGUCUUCAGUAAAUGCCAGCAACAGAGUGUUUCUGGACAUGAGGGGAGGAAUCAACUCUGUGGUUUUCCUGGUAAUUGGGAGAAUCUUGCUUGAUGGUCUUGGCUGCUUUUGUGAACCCAUGGAUGGCAGAGGGAACAUUAAGGAGUUGGGGAAGCCCAAAUCACCUCACCUUAUCUUCAUCAUGGUGGAUGACCAAGGUUAUGGAGACAUCGGCUAUCACAGCUCUGACAUCAAAACACCAUCAUUGGACCAGCUGGCCACAGAAGGAGUCAAACUGGAAAAUUAUUAUGUUCAGCCUAUCUGCUCACCAUCGCGCAGUCAGCUGAUGACAGGACGUUACCAAAUUCACACUGGGCUCCAACAUUCCAUCAUCCGACCACGUCAGCCCCUCUGCCUGCCUCCAGAUAUUCCCACCCUGCCUGAACGUCUAGGUGAAGCUGGAUAUGCCACGCACAUGGUGGGAAAAUGGCACCUGGGAUUUUGCAGGCCGAUCUGCCUGCCCACAGGACGUGGAUUUCAGAGUUUCCUGGGGACUCUGACUGGCAGUGGAGACCACUUCUCCUAUCAGAGCUGUGACGGGGCUGAAGCUUGUGGAUUUGACUUGCAUGAUGGAAACAGACCUGCAUGGGAGAUGAGGGGGAACUACUCCACUCUGCUUUACAUUGAGAGAGUAAAGAAAAUCCUGAGGAGUCACAAUCCUGACACCCCACUCUUCCUCUACCUGUCCCUUCAGGCUGCACACACACCAUUGCAGGUACCAGAUAGUUUUCUGCGCUACUAUGACUCUCAGAGCAAUCGCCACAGGCGUCACUACGCAGCUAUGUUGAGCUGCCUGGAUGAAGGGGUUGCACAAGUUGUCAAGGAGCUAAAGACUAAUGGGCUAUAUCAAAACUCAGUACUGAUCUACUCAACUGAUAAUGGUGGGCAACCAAUCUCAGGGGGGAGCAAUUGGCCAUUGAGAGGAGGCAAAGGAACCUACUGGGAAGGGGGUAUAAAGGCUGUUGGUUUUGUCCAUAGCCCCCUUCUGAAGAGGAAAGGUGUUGUCAGCAGAGCCCUGAUCCAUGUUUCUGACUGGUAUCCUACAUUGCUUGGACUUGCAGGGGCUCUGCAGUCACACCAUGCUCUGGAUGGUUAUGAUGUGUGGGGUAGUAUCAGUGAGGGCUUGCCCUGUCUUCGCACUGAAAUCCUAUACAACAUUGACCCUGUCUCCAGGAAACCAGGUGAGCCAUAUGACAAAGCGCUGGAACUCAACGGCUUUGGGAUCUGGGACACAGCCGUAAGAGCUGCAUUAAGGGUUGGUGACUGGAAGCUACUAACAGGAAACGUGGGUGACGGGGACUGGAUCCCACUGCAAGCUCUUCCAGAUGGUCCAGAACGAUGGCAGAAACUUGAGAAGCGACGCAGAAAGCUGGGGAAGUCAGUUUGGCUGUUUAAUAUCAGCAGUGACCCAUACGAGAGGUCAGACCUCGCAGAGGCUCACCCCGAGGUGGUGAAACAUCUGCUCACCAGGCUGGCAGAAUACAACCAGACUUCUGUAGCAGCCAACAAUCCACCAGAUGAUCCCAUUGCUGACCCAGAACUACAUGGUGGAGUGUGGAGCCCCUGGCUGGGGCUGGAGGGACAGGGGAGAGAUGAUGAAGAGAAAUAUGGCAGAAACAACAGAAUAUUAAAAAUCAAACAAUGUAAAUUAUGCAAAUUAAAGGCCCUGUUUAGGAAGGUGGGAUCUCGCCUGCAAAGGAACACUCUAUUCUAA